UCCGCGGCAGCGGGGAGGGCAGGUGAACUCCGGGGAAGGAUGACCGGCGUCGCCGCGAUCGUCUUUUUCCUGCAGCUCUUGCCCAGGGCGGACGGACAGGUCUUCCCAGGUGGUUGUUCAUUUGAUGAGCACUACAGUAAUUGUGGUUAUAGCGUCGCCUUGGGAACCAAUGGAUUUACCUGGGAGCAGAUCAAUACCUGGGAAAAGCCAACAAUGGAUCCUGCUGUCCCAACGGGCUCCUUCAUGAUGGUGAACAGCUCUGGGCGAGCAUCAGGGCAGAAAGCCCACCUGCUGCUGCCCACGCUGAAGGAGAAUGACACGCACUGCAUCGACUUCCACUAUUACCUGUCCAGCCGCGACCGCUCCAGCCCCGGCUCCCUCAACGUCUACGUCAAGGUCAACGGGGGCCCCCAGGGCAACCCCAUCUGGAACGUGUCAGGAGUGGUGACCGAAGGGUGGGUGAAGGCAGAGCUGGCCAUCAGCACCUUCUGGCCACAUUUCUAUCAGGUGAUAUUUGAAUCUGUCUCUUUGAAAGGACACCCCGGGUACAUAGCUGUGGAUGAAGUCAGAGUCCUCGCCCAUCCCUGCAGAAAAGCCCCGCAUUUCCUGCGGCUGCAGAACGUGGAGGUGAACGUGGGGCAGAACGCCACCUUCCAGUGCAUCGCCGGGGGGAAGUGGUCACAGCACGACAAGCUCUGGCUCCAGCAGUGGAACGGGAGGGACACAGCCCUGAUGGUCACUCGAGUGGUCAACCACAGGCGGUUCUCGGCCACGGUCAGCGUGGCCGACACGUCGCAGCGCAGCAUCAGCAAGUACCGCUGCGUCAUCCGCUCCGACGGCGGCUCCGGCGUCUCCAACUACGCCGAGCUCAUCGUCAAAGAGCCUCCCACCCCGAUCGCGCCGCCGGAGCUGCUGGCCGUGGGAGCCACGUACCUGUGGAUCAAACCCAACGCCAACUCCAUCAUCGGCGACGGGCCCAUCAUCCUCAAGGAGGUGGAGUACAGGACCACCACGGGCAACUGGGCAGAGACCCACAUCGUGGACUCUCCCAACUACAAGCUGUGGCACCUGGACCCCGACGUGGAGUACGAGAUCCGGGUGCUGCUGACGCGGCCCGGGGAAGGGGGCACGGGGCCCCCCGGACCCCCCCUCACCACCAGGACCAAGUGUGCAGACCCCGUGCACGGGCCGCAGAACGUGGAGGUGGUGGACAUCCGCUCGCGGCAGCUGACGCUGCAGUGGGAGCCCUUCGGCUACGCCGUGACGCGCUGCCACAGCUACAACCUCACCGUGCACUACCAGUACGUCUUCAACCAGCAGAAGUUCGAGGCAGAGGAGCUCAUCCAGACUUCUUCCCACUACACCCUGCGGGGGCUCCGGCCCUUCAUGACCAUCAGGCUGAGGCUGGCUCUCUCCAACCCCGAGGGCAAAAUGGAAAGCGAGGAGCUGGUGGUGCAGACUGAGGAGGAUGUUCCUGGACCCAUUCCUUUGGAAUCUAUCCAAGGAGGACCUUUUGAAGAGAAGAUCUAUGUUCAGUGGAAGCCUCCAAAUGAGACAAAUGGCAUCAUUACACUCUAUGAGAUCACGUACAAGGCCGUUGGGUCUCUGGAUCCCAGUGCUGACCUGUCCAGCCAAAGAGGGAAAGUCUUCAAGCUCCGGAACGAAACCCAUCACCUUUUUGUAGGAUUGUACCCAGGCACCACCUACUCAUUCACCAUCAAAGCCAGCACAGUCAAGGGCUUUGGGCCACCCAUCACCACCCGGAUUGCAACGAAGAUUUCAGCACCGUCCAUGCCGGAGUACGACACGGACUCGCCCCUCAAUGAGACUGACACCACCAUCACCGUCAUGCUGAAGCCUGCUCAGUCCCGGGGAGCACCUGUCAGUGUCUACCAGCUCGUUGUCAAGGAGGAGAAGCUGCAGAAAGCCCGGAGGGCUGCAGACAUCAUCGAGUGCUUCUCUGUGCCAGUGAGCUACAAGAACGCCUCCAGUCUGGACUCCCCACACUACUUUGCAGCUGAGCUGAAGCCCAUCAACCUUCCUGUCACACAGCCCUUCACCGUGGGCGACAACAAGACCUACAAUGGCUACUGGAAUGCUCCUCUUUCCCCCCUGAAAAGCUACAGCAUAUACUUCCAGGCUCUUAGCAAGGCCAAUGGAGAAACAAAAAUCAACUGUGUCCGGCUGGCAACAAAAGGAGCUUCCACCCAGAAUUCCAAUGCAGUGGAACCUGAAAAGCAAGUUGACAGCACGGUGAAAAUGGCUGGAGUUAUAGCUGGUCUCCUGAUGUUUGUUAUUAUCCUCUUGGGAGCAAUGCUUACCAUCAAAAGAAGAAGAAAUGCAUAUUCCUACUCCUAUUACUUGCAUUCAAGCCAAUGUUUUAGGGGCCUCUCUGUCUUCUACAGGACCAGGAAGCUAGCCAAGAAGCAGAAGGAGACUCAGACCAGCACGCAGAGAGAGAUGGGUCCUGUGGCUACUUCUGACAAGACCUCCACCAAACUCAGUGCUGUUCACAAUGAAGAAGCUUUUUCUUCCAGCUGCCAAGAUGUUAAUGGAUUCACAUCACCCUCUCCUUGUUCAUUUUCUGUCCAAAGCAAAACCCUUCAGAGCAAAUCUAUGUUGAAUUCCUACUACUCAGUUUCAUCAGACACCGUCCCAUCGACCACGCUGUUAGACAGCAGCCAUGGCGAGCUGGCCCAGCCAACCCUGACCAUCCAGACCCACCCGUACCGCAGCUGCGAGCCCGUGGAGAUGUCCUACCCCCGGGGGCAGUUCCAGCCCGCCAUCCGAGUGGCAGACCUGCUGCAGCACAUCACCCAGAUGAAGAGGGGACAGGGCUAUGGCUUCAAGGAGGAGUACGAGGCACUCCCCGAGGGACAGACGGCGUCCUGGGACACGGCCAAGGAGGACGAGAACCGCAACAAGAACAGAUAUGGAAACAUAAUCUCCUAUGAUCACUCAAGAGUGAGGCUGCAGCUGCUGGAUGGGGACCCUCACUCUGACUACAUCAACGCCAAUUACAUCGACGGGUACCAUCGCCCUCGCCAUUACAUUGCAACUCAAGGGCCGAUGCAAGAGACAGUGAAGGAUUUCUGGAGAAUGAUUUGGCAAGAAAACUCUGCGAGUGUUGUCAUGGUCACCAACCUGGUGGAAGUGGGCAGGGUGAAGUGUGUUCGAUACUGGCCAGAUGACACAGAAGUCUAUGGAGAUAUUAAAGUCACAUUAAUUGAGACAGAGCCAUUGGCAGAGUAUGUCAUACGUACCUUCACUGUCCAAAAGAAAGGCUACCAUGAGAUCCGGGAGAUUCGGCAGUUCCACUUCACCAGCUGGCCGGACCACGGCGUGCCCUGCUACGCCACGGGGCUCCUGGGCUUCGUCCGCCAGGUCAAGUUCCUCAACCCCCCCGAGGCAGGACCCAUCGUGGUGCACUGCAGUGCUGGGGCAGGGAGGACAGGGUGCUUUAUUGCCAUUGACAUCAUGCUGGACAUGGCAGAGAACGAGGGCGUGGUGGAUAUUUUCAACUGCGUGCGAGAGCUGCGCUCCCAAAGGGUCAAUUUGGUGCAGACAGAGGAGCAGUACGUGUUUGUCCAUGAUGCCAUUUUGGAGGCAUGUCUCUGUGGCAACACAGCCAUUCCAGUCUGUGAGUUCAGAUCCAUAUAUUACAACAUCAGCAGACUGGAUCCACAGACCAAUUCCAGCCAGAUAAAAGAUGAGUUUCAGACCCUGAACAUCGUGACGCCGCGGGUGCGGCCGGAGGACUGCAGCAUCGGGCUGCUGCCCCGCAACCACGACAAGAACCGCUGCAUGGACGUGCUGCCCCUGGACCGCUGCCUGCCCUUCCUCAUCUCCGUGGAUGGGGAGUCCAGCAACUACAUCAAUGCUGCACUCAUGGAUAGCCACAAGCAGCCUGCUGCCUUCAUUGUCACCCAGCACCCCUUGCCCAACACCAUCACAGAUUUCUGGAGGCUGGUGUUUGAUUACAACUGCUCCUCCGUGGUGAUGCUCAACGAGAUGGAUGCAGCACAGCUCUGCAUGCAGUACUGGCCAGAGAAGACAUCCUGCUGUUAUGGCCCAAUCCAGGUGGAGUUUGUUUCAGCGGACAUUGAUGAAGAUAUCAUCAACCGGAUAUUCCGGAUUUGCAACAUGGCCAGGCCGCAGGACGGGUACCGCAUCGUGCAGCACCUGCAGUACAUCGGCUGGCCGGCCUACAGGGACACCCCUCCCUCCAAGCGCUCCCUGCUGAAGGUGGUCAGGAGGCUGGAGAAGUGGCAGGAGCAGUACGAUGGCAGAGACGGGCGCACUGUGGUCCACUGCCUGAACGGCGGAGGACGCAGCGGCACCUUCUGUGCCAUCUGCAGUGUGUGCGAAAUGAUCCAACAGCAGAACAUCAUCGACGUGUUCCACAUAGUGAAAACGCUACGGAAUAACAAAUCCAACAUGGUGGAGUCACUGGAACAGUAUAAAUUUGUAUACGAGGUUGCACUGGAAUACUUGAGCUCCUUUUAGCCCAGCGAAGGGAGGGGACCCCACGAUGUGCCAGACCCCAAACUCUGGCGGAUGCUUCUCCCCUGUCCCACACUGGAAGGCAGUAACAAGUGUGGGAAGGAGAACUGCUCCUUCCUUCUCAGCAAGAGACUGAGGUUGCAGAGACCUCGCUGGAAGGAGGAGGCGAUGCCUGUGUGUGCUGCUGCCUGCUUUCUAUCGGAACAUCUACUGCUUCUUAAAUAACUUACUGUAAAAAUUAGCAACAUGGGAGACAGGCUGAAAGACUGGACUUUCUAAUCCCCUCUGACUUCUCUCCUCUUUUGGAUUGUGUUUUUGUUCUGCUUGCUGCAGAGUGGGGAAGGAAUGAAACCCUUAGGAAAUUCUCUUUUAAAUGUCUCCUUUUUAAUUUAUAAUUUUGUUCUCAAAUCCCAGCCUUUUAAUUUUUUAAUUUCAUGCAGCAGUCAUUUGGGAAAAAUGAGAUAGCCAUAGGGGAUACAUGAAAUGUUUCAUUACAAUUUGCCUACCUUAUCUGUUUCC